CAGCGUUCGCCGCUGCGUCCUCGUUUUGCGGCGUACUCAACAUUACUCAGCCUUUGCUCUUACGACAUGGCUGCCCAGUGCGUGACCAAGGUGGAGCUGACUGUGUCCUGUGACAAUCUGCUGGACAAAGACAUUGGCUCUAAGUCGGACCCUCUGUGUGUGCUGCUGAUGAGCACCUCAGAUUCCCAGUGGUAUGAGAUGGCGCGCACAGAGAAAGUUCAGAAUUGCCUCAGCCCAAAGUUUUCCAAAAAGUUUGUCAUCGACUACUACUUUGAGAUCGUACAGAAACUGAAGUUUGGAGUUUAUGACAUUGAUAACAAGACCAUCGACUUGAGUGAUGAUGACUUUCUGGGAGAGCUGGAGUGUACCUUGGGCCAGGUUGUGUCCAGUAAGAAACUGACCCGACCCCUGGUCUUGAAGAACAAGUCACCUGCAGGAAAAGGGACCAUCACAAUUGUCGCUGAAGAAAUAAAAGAUAACAGGGUUGUGAAUUUUGAAGCAGAGGCCAGGAAACUGGACAACAAGGAUUUCUUUGGAAAGUCUGAUCCUUACUUGGAAUUUUUCAAGCAAACUGAAAGUGGAUGGCAGCUGGCCCACCGAACCGAGGUGGUAAAGAACAACCUAAACCCAACAUGGAGACCUUUCCGAAUUCCCCUGCAGUCUCUCUGUGGAGGAGACAUGGAAAAGCCUAUAAAGGUGGAGUGUUAUGAUUAUGACAACGAUGGCUCACACGACCUCAUUGGAAUCUUUGAGACCACGCUGACACGUUUUAAGGAGGCAUCGCGAACCUCUCCGGCAGAGUUUGAAUGCAUCAAUAGUAAGAAGAAACAGAAGAAGAAAGGUUACAAAAACUCUGGUAUUGUGAGCGUGAAACUGUGCCAGGUGGUGAAGGAGUAUACCUUCUUGGAUUAUGUCAUGGGGGGCUGUCAGCUCAACUUCACUGUGGCUGUGGACUUCACAGGCUCCAAUGGCGAUCCAAAGUCUCCGCAGUCUUUGCACUACAUCAGUCCCCAAGGCGUCAACGAAUACUUGACUGCUAUCUGGUCUGUUGGCAAUGUCAUCCAGGACUAUGACAGCGACAAGAUGUUCCCAGCUUUUGGCUUCGGAGCGCAGAUCCCUCCCACAUGGCAGGUUUCACAUGAGUUCCCACUCAAUUUCAACCCAUCUAAUCCAUUUUGUGCAGGGGUUGAAGGGGUGGUGGAGGCUUACAGGAUGUGUCUGCCCCAGGUAAAGCUUUACGGUCCAACUAACUUCUCCCCCAUCAUCAACCACGUAGCCAGCUUUGCUACCCAAGCCCUCCAACAGACUACUGCAGCACAAUACUUUGUCCUGCUAAUCAUUACGGAUGGAGUGAUCACAGACAUGGACCAGACACGCAGCGCUAUCGUCAGUGCCUCUCGCCUGCCCAUGUCAAUCAUUAUCAUUGGGGUUGGCGGGGCGGAUUUCAGUGCCAUGGAGUUCCUGGAUGGGGAUGAUGGAUGUCUGCGUUCUAUGACUGGAGAAACCGCCAUUCGGGACAUCGUCCAGUUUGUGCCCUUCAGGCAGUUCAAGAAUGCUCCUCGAGAAGCACUUGCACAGAAUGUGCUGGCAGAAGUGCCCAGGCAGGUGGUGGAUUUUUUCAAUGUCAUGAAGUUGGCACCGCCCAAAAGCAAUCCUCCCUCAAACCUUGAUGGAUCCGUCUGAUACUUGAAAGGACAACAUCAUAGAUAAAAGUCAACUGCUCACAAUCUAUGAGCUACACUCAAAAUAAGAAGCCCACACGGAAGGACAAUGAAUCAUCUUUCACAAGAAGCUGAACCCAGCUUAACGUCAUUACUCAACAAGUUAAACCCCACCCCCACAAAAACACAAAAGAACAACAUGUUCCCUAAGUAUUUCUUGUCUCCUUACCAAAUAAUUUACUCGGUAUUUUGCAAAACCCAUCCAAUUUACUCAAUUCUGGGACUGAAAGCAACUUAACCACUUGCUUAACCUUCUGUAGCACUUCAUACUAACAAAUCAUGAUUUACGAAGGAUUUUGUCAGGCUAGAUCUAGCUGUUCUCAGAUAUUAACAUGCAUUUGUGUGCCAUUUUUGAUAUUAUAUGUAACCAUCAGCUUAUAUAUGAUAGAAUAUUUAACAGAGAAAGCAAAAAAACCAAAAAAAACUAAAUGAUUUAUUUUUUUAAUUUGCCAUUUUUUUUACCUUUAUUAGACAGUGACAGUGAAGAGGCAGACAGGAAAUGGGAGGGAGAGAGAGAGGGGUAUGACAUGCAACAAAGGUUGCUGGCUGGGAUCGAACCAGUGACGUUGCGACCGUGUAAUAUGCGCCGUAACCAUCUGGCUACGGAGGCGCCCCAGUGAUAGUUAUUUCUUAUGUAGUAACAUUACAUUAAGUGUACAAAACACUAAGGACAUUCCUGUAUUGCGUGAUCCAUUUUAAACCACAAAGCAGUUCUUUCUCAUGUUGACUCGAAUCCCUCCCACAGUUGUGCUGAGUUGGCUGCAGGUGGAUCUCUACUCUGCUCGUUUUAUCUCAUCCCACAGAUGUUCGAUUUGAUUGAGGCCUGCCAAUAGGGCAGGCUUCUGCCUUAAGCUGAAUCCCUUAUGUUCUUAAAAUGAGCCUAUUCCUUGGGGGAAAAAAUUUGUCAUUAUCAAUUUUGAUAUAUCCCCUGUGGCAUUAUCAUAUUGAAAACACCCAGUGGCAGACGGAUAUUACUGCUGCUUUUAAGGCAUGCAGCCAAUUCCAACUGUGUUUCAGCAAUGCUCUGGGAAUUAAACAUUGCUCCAAUUUGAUCAAAGGACCCAAUGUAUGAAAAUAAACCCACACAACCUGCAUGCAGUGUUGACAUGAUAGAUUCAUGAACCCACAUAAUCAUCUCCAUACCCUUAGUGUGAAACAGAGGGAGCUGAGAUUCAUCACACAGGGAAGCGUUACAACUCACUUACACUCCAUUCCUCUUUUUACAUUUUUCAUUAACUUUUUUGUUUUAACACUACUAGUCUGGCUCUCUCUCCUCUCUCAAUGUCCUCCAGGUGGACUAUAAUGAAUACGCACAGGACACUUUUAAUUGUGGACAACUUAGCAGUGCUGUACUUAACACUCAAGCCAGCAAGCCUGGCAUCUACUGUCAACUCCUGUUGAAAUGAACCUAGAUCUUUUUUCGUCUGUCUUCGAUAUAUUCACAACUUUACUGAUGUCUCAGUUGUCUUAAACCUUAAAUAUCUUUUAAACCUGUCUGCUCCCCCUAGUUUACACAGAUCAGAGGGUCAAAUGUAAUAGGGAUCACAAUUGUCACCGGGAUUCCCCUCACUCGCCAGGUAGCCGUAAUGUUUUGUAUGCUGUAUGAAAACCUGCUAAAGGAAUCUUGUCUUGACUGAGGUGGCAACACAAGUUAGUUAAAUAACUUAUAUACUAUAUACAAUCUUAAAUAAUUAUCUACAGCUGUAAUAGCUUAUUAUACAUAACCAUAUGCAUGCAAAUAUUUUAGCUCGCUGCAUUUUUUAUAGUCUGCUCAGAGCACACAAAAGUGUUGGCUUUAUAUAAAUGGAACAUCUUACCCUAUGUACUUGUAUAACCUAGUGAAAUGCAAAUGUAGAUCUUCUUUUGGCUGCUCCCGUUAGGGGUCGCCACAGCGGAUCAUCCAUUUCCAUCUCGACCUGACUUCUGCAUCUUCCUCUGUGACCCCAACCACAUGCAUGUCUUCCCUCACCAGAUCCAUAAACCUCCUCUUUUGCCUUCUUCUUUUCCUCUUGCCUGACAGCUCCAUCUUGAGCAUCCUUCUCCCAAUAUGCCCAGCUCCUCUCCUCCGCACAUGUCCAAACUAAAUCUUGCCUCUCUUGCUUUGUCUCCAAACCAUUCAAUCUGAGCUGUCCCUCUAAUAUACUCGUUCCUAAUCCUGGCCUUCUUCGUCACUCCCAAGGAAAAUUUUAGCAUUUUCAGCUCUGCCACAUCCAGCUCCGCCUCCUGUCUUUUCAUCAGUGCCACUGUCUCCAAACCAUAUAACAUAGCUGGUCUCACAACCGUCUUGUAAACCUUCCCUUUAGCUCUUGCUGGUACCCUUCUGUCACAAAUCACUCCUGACACUCUUCUCCACCCUGCUUGCACUCUUCUUCACCUCUCUUCCACUUUCCCCGUUACUUUGAACAGUUGGCCCCAAGUAUCUAACCUUAUCUACCUUCAUCACCUCUACUCUUUGCAUCCUCACCAUUCCGCUGUACUCCCUUCAAAUCAAAUCAAAUCAAUUUUAUUUGUAUAGCCCAAUAUCACAAAUUACAAAUUUGCCUCAGUGGGCUUAACAGCAACGCAACAUCCUGUCCUUAGACCCUCUCAUCGGAUAAGGAAAAACUCCCUAAAAAAAACCCUUUAACAGGGAGAAAAGAUAGGAAGAAACCACAGGGAGAGCAACAGAGGAGGGCUCUCUCUCCCAAGACGGACAGCGUGCAAUGGAUGUUGUGUUCACACAAUUUACAUAAUACAACAUUGAAAGAGGAUAACAGAAUUAUAAUGGACAUAAAAUGUAUGAAGAACAUGAUGCACAGGAUGCCAAGCAGUAUCCACGUGCCAACGGAGCAGUUGAGGACCCAAGCCACACGACCAGCAUCAUCAUGUACUAAGAAAAACUUAGGUGAGCAGUGGAAGGGCAGGCAGCAUCCAAAUGGCGGCCACCAUCACCAUGGAGACCUAGGAGGAGAAUCGACCGCACAUGCAUGCAAGAGAGACUCACAUGACACCAUUCAAACACAGAGAAAGAGAAAGGAGAAGACAUAAUUCAGAGAGAGAGAAAAGACAUGUUAGAGAAGAGAACAGUCUGCAAUAGUCAUUAGCCAUAAUCAAUUAAGACAUCAAUUCGUCAUAAUCUAUACUCGGUAAUCUCGUCGGCAGAAGAUUGGUUGGUAAAUUCAUUGAGACAGCAAACCAACCCGCCAUCCAGUACAGGUUGUGAAGCACUCAACUUAAAGGCAACUAGUUGUAAACUAAGGAAAAAAGAUGAGUUUUAAGUUUGGAUUUAAAGGACUCAACAGACUCCGAUUGUCUGAUGGCAGCAGGCAGUUUAUUCCACAAAAAUGGAGCCCGAUAGGAAAAGGCCCUGCCACCAGCUGACUUCUUUUUAACUUUGGGUGCACACAGGAGCCCUGUAUUUUGAGAACGAAGUGCUCGAGAUGGCAUGUAAGGUUUAAGGAGAUCAGACAGGUAGGAUGGAGCAAGCCCAUUUAGGAUUUUAUAAGUCAGCAGAAGCACCUUGUAUUCUGAUCUAACAUGGAUAGGAAGCCAAUGAAGGGAGGCAAGAAUUGGUGUAAUAUGGUCAAAUUUCCUAGUUUUAGUUAGGAUUCUAGUAGCAGCAUUCUGAACCAUCUGAAGACUUUUAGUACUAGAAUGUGGCAGACCUGAGAACAGAACAUUACAGUAAUCAAGUCUGGAUGAAACAAAUGCAUGUAUUAGAAUCUCUGCGUCAGCCAUGGAGAGAAAAGACCGAAUUUUAGAUAUGUUACGUAAAUUAAAAAAGGCAGACUUGGUGAUUUCUUUAAUGUGCUUAUCAAAGGAAAGGCUGGGAUCAAACGUAACAUCAAGAUUUUUGGCUGCCACACUUUGUGAAACCACAGAGUUGUCGAUUGUUAUCGUUACUUGAUCAAAUUGGUGUCUGUGUCUAGCAGGGCCAAUGACUAGCAUCUCAGUUUUAUCUGAAUUUAAAAGCAGAAAGUUAAGUGACAUCCAGUUUUUCACAGUAGCCAAGCAGGCCUCUAAGUUAGUGAUUUGAGUAUGAUCAUCAGCCCUUAUAGGCACAUACAGCUGUGUAUCAUCAGCAUAGCAAUGGAAAUCUAUUCCGUAACUGCGUAUAAUUUGGCCAAGAGGUGUAAUGUAAAGAGAGAAAAGUAGAGGGCCAAGUACUGAGCCCUGUGGCAAACCAUGUUUAAUGUCAGAAAAUUUUGAUAUAAUAUUGUAACGUGCAUGAAUAAGAAGACAUGCUGGCCGCUGGCUCGCGGGUCUGACCCUUUAGUCGAGCGGUUAGCGAUGUCUCCUGUGGUGCGGGCGAUAUGGGUUCGCUUCCCGGCCGCGGCAGUUCCUGUGGCUGCGUUGUCCCCCGAAUUCGCUACAAUAUUAUUAAAGCAGACACAAUGUGUUCUUCCAGAUAAAUAGGACUUAAGCCAAGAGAGAGCUAAGCCAGAGACACCAAAAUUACAAUUUAAUCUAUCCAAAAGUAUACAGUGAUCAAUGGUGUCAAAGGCUGCACUGAGGUCCAGUAGUAGAAGCACAGAAGUGGAAUCAGAGUCGAUCGCCAGUAGAAGAUCAUUGACCACUCUGGUCAGAGCAGUUUCAGUGGAGUGACAGGGCCUGAAAGCCGACUGAAAAGGUUCAUAUAGAUCGUUUUCUUUUAUAUGGGUCAAAAGUUGUUGAUACACAACUCUCUCUAGUACUUUAGAGAAGAAUGGAAGAUUAGAGACUGGCCGAUAGUUAUUAAGAGACCCUGGAUCAAGGUGCGGUUUUUUAAGUAGAGGUUUAACCACAGCUGUCUUAAAACUGCUGGGAACAAUGCCAGUAGUAAGAGAUAAAUUAGCGAUGUCUAGCAUUGUAGGUCCAAGAAAAGGCCAGAGGUCUUUAAAAAGUUUUGCUGGUAAGGGAUCAAGUAGGCAAGCAGUUGGUUUAGAAGCUGACACGAACUUAGUCAAAGUAUCAAGUGAGAUAGUCUCAAAAGCUGUAAUAACUGGAACUGACAGUGACUCAUUGUGUAGAUAUGAAUUUAGUAUGACAGGAUCUGCUGGAGUAGAUGGAGUUGAACUAAUUUUGUUUAAGAUCUCCUCAACCUUAUUGCAGAAAAAAAUCUAGAAAUUCAUGGGCUGUGAAUGGUGAGCAGCUAAUAGACGACUGCUUUUUAGUAAGUUUAGAUACAGUGUCAAAGAGAAAUCUGGGGUUAUGUUUAUUAAUAUUAAGUGAGAGAGAUACAAUGUUUUUGCAGUAGAUAAAGCACGCUUGUAUUUCAAUAAACACUCAUGCCACGAUAGGUAAAAAGUUUCCAAUUUUGAUUUUCGCCAUUUACAUUCCAGUCUCCUGCAGGUCCGCUUAAGAGCACGUGUCUCAUCAUUAAACCAGGGUGUAGGCCUCUUUAGUCGCCUAGCUCUGGUAGUGAGAGGUGCAACUGAAUCGAGGAGACUAGAGAGGGCCACAUUUAAGUCACUAGUGAAAUUUUCAACAGUCAUUUACCACAGUGAAAGGAGCCAAGACUUCAGGCAGCUGCUGGCCAAAUGCAGCUACAGUGGAGGGACCGAUAUGGCGAGUGGCAAUUUCAUCUGUGCUGACAUUAACUGGACAGGCCAAUAAUGAUUCAAAUUUGAUGAGAAAAUUAUCAGACACAGUAGAUGUGGUUGGUAAGACAUUCAGAUCAGAAACGGCUAUUCCUUUAGAUAAAACCAAAUCACUUGUUCACACAUAUGUAUUCCAUCUUGCUCCUACUGACUUUCAUUCCUCCUCUCUCCAGUGCAUACCUCCACCUCUCCCAGGCUUUCCUCAACCUGCAACCUACUCUCACUAAAUCACAAUGUCAUCCAUGAACGUCAAAAGUCUACGGAGACUCCUGCCUGAUCUUGUCUACCAACCCAUCCGUCACCAUUUCAAACAAGAAAGGGCUCAGAGCCAAUCCUUGAUGUAAUCCCACCUCCACUUGAACCCAUCCAUCAUUACUACCGUACACCUCACCACUGUCACACUGCCCUCAUACGUAUCUUGCACCACUCUUACAUACUUCUCUGCCACUCCCAGCUUCCUCAUACAAUACCACACCUGUUCUCUCGGCACCUUGUCAUAUGCUUUCUCUAAAUCCACAAAGACACAUUGUAACUCCUUCUGACCUUCUCUAUACUUCUCAGUGAACAUUCUCCAAGCAAACAUCGCAUCUGUAGUGCUCUUUUGUGGAAUGAAACCGUACUGCUGCUCGCUAAUCGUCACCUCUCCUCUUAACCUCACUUCCACUGCUCUUUCCCUUAUCUUCAUGCUGUGGCUGAUCAACUUUAUACCUCCGUACUUACUACAGCUUUGCACAUCACCCUUAUUCUUGAAGAUCGGUACCAGUAUACUUCUUCUCCACUCCUGAGGCAUCCUCUCACUUUCUAAGGUUGUGUUAAACAAUCUAGUUAAAAACUCCACUGCCCUCUCUCCUAAACAUCUCCAUGCCUCCACAGGUAUGUCAUCAGGACCCAACCGCCUUUCCACUCUUCAUCCUCUUCAUAGCUGUCCUCACUGCCUCCUUGCCAUUGCCAUCUCUAUCCUUCAUCGCCCUAACCUGCUGCCCAUCCUUCCCAGCUUACUCCUUCUGUCUAACCAAUCAGUACCGUUGGCAUGGAAAUGCAAAUGUAAAUGAGUUGAUAUUAAUGUCAGACCAAACUUGCUAUUUUGUAUAAAUUACAGACAAAUCCUGGCCAGUGAUAGUCAUACUACUAACAGUUGGGGGUUGCAAGCACAGGCAAGAAAGGGGUUUGGUUGGUUUGGAUCAGACUUCAGUGAUGCUUACGGAACUUGGCGCAAGCGCCUCAGUCCUGACCACAUCACUGUCAUGCCAAUAGUGACAGUGAAGCACACUCUCUCAUAUAAUGUUAAGUAUGGAAUUGCUUGCAUAGUAUCCUUGUCAUCAGUCAUAGAGGGUGGUUAAUUCUCUUUAAUUUAGCACUUUGUCAGUUAAUUGUCUCUUCGUUGCUAUUGCCAUUUAUAUAAUCUUAGGUUGGUAAAGAAACUGCGUGACAUGGUAAUUUUUUUUUGAAGUUCUGGUGUUAUCCCUGUUUCCUGGAGGAAAAAAAACUGGACUAUCAACAUAUGUGAGUGACUUAACAUAUCAAUUGUAAAUCUUCAACCUGAUGUUUCUAUUUUUACUUUUUACUCUGGUUUUAUGCUUAUUUACCUCUCUACCAUGACUCUACCGUUCUACUGCAUUAUUCUUGGCUGUUUGUGGCUAACUACUUGUCCAGUGUUUCAAAUAUUGAAUAUAUUGUCGCAGCUAAUUGCAGAGUGUAAUUUGUACUCGCUUUGGCCACCUUAUUCAACAGUGUUGGAGAGAAAAAUGGGCCAACGUGAAUCCACCCAUUAGAUACGAGAUGCACUUAAAAGAGAUGCCUUUAGACUUUGUAAUGCCUUUGAAUUAAUGUUAAUGAAUUUACUUAUAGCAUGAGAGGAAAAGGGAACUCUGAUCAGCAAAGUCAUUGUACACACGUGAGAAAAUUCCAUAAAACUUGGUUGAUUCCACAAAUCUGGCCGUUUUAACACAAUUUGUUCAUGCAUGGAGGUUAAGGUGGUAAUAAGUGGCGUGUGUGUGGUCCACUUUCAAUAUUCCUUUAUUAUGUUUUAAGUAUUGGUUGAGAAAUGUCCUGAAAACAUGGCUAUAAAGAAUUAUACAGUAUUUUUCUCAUAGAUGGUUGUACAUAACCAACGUAUGUUUUCUUUAUUAAAAACAGCUGAUAUG